AUGCGCGGGUGUGUAACAGAGACAAGUUUAAUCGUGGUCAGUGCGAGAGCGGGGUGGGGCGCGGCGCACGGGCAGCGCUCCCCGCAGGCGGCCCGCACUCCGCAGUCGUCCCACAGUCGUCGUCGCGAUGUGUCACGCAGUGGUUCUAGGCGUGCUGUUCUCUCUUCCGUCGUAUCUGUACUCGGCGGUGCCGUUCAGGUUAACGUCCCGCAUGAAUCAUCAUCACCUAUUGAAAUUGCAUCAAUAAUUGCGGUCACGAACUAUAUAGUGUUGCAACAUCGUAAUGGUGUUGGGGAUCGC